AUGGUUGGAGAUGAUUGGAGCCCUGUACUAAAGGCGGCGGCGUUUAAGAUAUUCUUGGAGUAUAAAGAUGUGUUCGCCUGGACUUAUAAAGAUCUGAAGGGAGUACCCCCGGAACUAUGCGUACAUCGAAUACCUUUGAUGCAAGGGGCAAGACCUGUGCGGAAAUGCCCCUAUCGCAUGAAUAAGAACUAUGCGGCCAAGAUCAGCAUUGCCGAGGAGGACAAACUCAAAACCACAUUUAUUGUGGAAGAUGGAGUUUUUGCGUACAACCGUAUGCCAUUUGGGCUAUGCAACGCCCCAGCCACUUUCCAGAGGAUCAUACUCCACAUCUUUGACAAAAUGGCCACUGGGAACUUCAAGGCCUUCCUGGACGACUGGUUCCUAGUGCCACAGGGGAGAUUACUCGGCCACAUAGUCUGUAAGGCAGGGUUAAAAACAGACCCAGAUAAGAUCAGAGUUAUUCUCGACAUGGAUAGCCCAACAGAUGUCACGGGGAUCAAAUCCUUCCUUGGCCAUGUUGGGUACUACCAACAGUUCAUUAAAGGAUUUGCAGAAGUGUCCCUUCCACUUGAACGCCUAACAAGGAAAGGGGAACCAUUUGUGUGGGACAAGGAGCAGAAUGAAGCCUUCCAAGAACUCAAAACCAGAUUGGUAAGGGCACCUAUUUUGGCAUACCCAAAUUGGGAGAAUAAAUUUCAUGUACAUGUGGACGCUUCUAACUUUGCAAUUGGAGCCAUCUUAACGCAACCCGGAUCCUCAGGCUUAGACCACCCAAUAUAUUUUGCUAGAAGGUUACUGUCAAAAGCAGAAAGAAAUUAUAGCACCACGGAAAGGGAAGCCUUGGGAACGGUAUAUGUAGUACAGAAGUUUCGCCAUUAUCUUUUAGCCACACCAUUCACAUUUUUCGUGGAUCACCAAGCACUCAUGUACCUGGUGAACAAACCGGUUAUUCAAGGACGGGUAAGCCGAUGGUUGAUCUUGCUUCAGGAAUUUACUUUCAAUGUCGUGGUGCGACCAGGGAAAAGUCACGUAAUGGCUAACCACCUGUCUAGAAUAAAAUCCGGGGAGCCAGGGGAAGAAGGAGUGAACGAAGAUUUCCCCGAUGGCCAAUUAUUCAAGAUAGCUGUGUUACCUUCCUGGUACGAGAAACUCGGGCAGUAUCUUUCUACAGCAACAAUUCCAGGUGACAUGAGCCCAAGCGAGAGAAGGAAGCUCGCACUAAAAAGUACCAUGUUCCAAUUGAUCCAAGGGCUCCUAUAUAAACUAGGUCCGGACGGUAUCCUGCGAAGAUGUGUCCUAGAGGAAGAAAUUCCUAGAGUCCUAAGAGAAUCUCACGAAGGACUAGCCGGAGGACAUAUGGGGCCAGAUACCACGGCACAGAAAAUUUUGUUAGCAGGGCUCUGGUGGCCUACACUUUAUGCGGAUGCGAGGGAAUGGGUGACCAGCUGCGACACGUGCCAAAGGGCAGGUAAGCCACUCAAACGAGACUUCAUGCCCCUGUUCCCGUCCCAACCACAGGAAUUGUUCGAAAGAUGGGGACUGGAUUUCGUAGAACCUAUGAGGACGAGCAAAGUGCAUAGAUGCCACUACAUUGUGGUGGCUAUAGAAUACCUCACUAAGUGGGCCGAAGCCAGAGCUUUACCCGACAACACAGCCUUGAGCACCACCAAGUUCCUCUAUGAACACAUUGUGACCCGGUUCAGGAUACCCCUGCAACUCACGAGUGAUAGGGGGGUACACUUUGUCAAUCAAGUGAUACGCAAUAUGACAACAGAAUUCAAGAUUUUCCACACAUUGUCUAGUCCAUACUAUCCCAGGGCAAAUGGCCAAGCGGAGUCCACCAACAAAGUACUAGUAUCUAUUCUCUACAAGACAUGUGGAGUAGAGCAAGGAGAUUGGGAAGAGCGAUUACCAGCAGUAUUGUGGGCCUACCGGACAACGUACAAAGCGACAACUACACACACCCCCUUUCAGCUUAUGUAUGGACAGGAGGUAGUAAUGCCAGUAGAAUACACUGUACCAACCUUGCGGAUAGCAGUGCAGAACAGAUGGGGGGAUGAGGAACGACUUAUGACAUUACAAAAAUUAGAUGAGCGCCACCUAAUAGCACAAUGGGCCAUAGAAGUGGCUCAGAACAUAAGGAAAGCUUGGCAUGAUAAACAUCUAAGGCGGAUGAAGUUCUCGCCAGGACAGCUGGUACUCAAGUACAAUGGUCGGAAUGAACUCCGACCAGUGGUCAUUUCUUAUGCACCCAAAGAAUUUAGCAAGGUUUUCAGCAUUCCCAGUAGCGGUGAUUCAGCUAUGAAACCAUCAACAAAAAUGCCUACAGAAGAAAAGAAGUGGCUACUGGAACAUAUUUGCGGCAACGCACUCACAGAAGAGCAAUGGAACAGUUUAUGGUAG